UCGGCCACCCUUGGCUAUCUGAUGCGAGUGGUGGUUAGCCACGGCCCGAACACCGGCCGUUGACCAUGGUCGGACUCACUUCCUCCCAUCUCGGAGGAGGUUUCCACGAACAUCGGCAUGGCCGAGUCCCUGUGCCUAUCCUUCUCCGUCAACCCCGGCAAAGGUGGGGGAAACUUGCAAUCACCCUCCAAAUGGCCGAUCCUCGCACAUCUGAAGCAAAACGCCGCUUACCAGCAUCCACUUCCACCUUCACUCUAGCAUACCCAAUUGUCCGGAGGUGGUCUGUGAACCCGUCCAAGACCAUCGGCCGCCGCCGCUAUCUCCUAGAUCGACUCCUUGUCCCAGUACUCAAGCGGCAGGAAGGGGAGCCGGAGCCACACCACUACCCGAUUCACCACCUUGGCGCAUGGGGAGAAGUCCGGCAGCCUGCAGUCCAUAGCCAAAAGUUGGCCGGCCAAUAUCCAUGGACCAUCCGCCAACGCUGCAUCUUUGUCUCCCUCACUUCUGAAAUGGAGGGUCAAGUGCUCCUCCACCAUCGGGAAAGCCUCGACAUCGUAGUCGAGCUUCCCCUUUUGCCUCAGUUCCCGGCGACCCACUCUGUCGGGACUUGCCUUCCCAAGCUCCGGACGAUGACUGCCGUGGACGCCCACGCCUUCCGAGCCUUCCCCACCCGCUCCGCCGGGAGUUCGAGUACCUCUGUGAAAUGCCUUUGGAGGAUCUCGAGCUCCUCCGAUGGCUUGACCACAUGGGUUGCCUCGGUGGCGCUUGAGCCACCGUUGACCAGGAGGGAGCCUUGCUUGGCCCUCUCGGAGCCGGCCGCUCACUGCCAACAUCCUUCCCUUUAGCCUCUCUGGCAGCCCGUUCCUCCUCCGCCAUCACCUCCCUCGUCUUCCCGUUCUCCACUCACCCCAGGCUAUAGCCUGCCAACUGCUCGAUGGUAAGACACUGAAAUCGCACGUAUAUUGAAGCACUUUACCAAUUGGUCGCACUCAGCGUCCCCCGAUGCUCUUACGGAAUGGUUUUCGGGAAAAAGUGCACAACCACCAAUAUAAACUUAGGAUCCUUUUGAGUACAAUGCUGUUCUUUUCAAUAAAACCCAAAGAUGCGUCUAAUGUGAUUUUUUUCGUCCUACUCUUGCUUACAUUUCUUCUGCUGCUUCUCAAAGGAGUCAAAUAAAAGCGAAGAAGUCCAUUAUCUAAGUUUCCAGGGGAAGAGUAAUGUACACUCUGGCUUCGACCAAGCUUAGAGAUCGCCUCAACGGGAACAUCCUUAGAACUAUCCACAUCAUGGGAGACACCAGUUAUGCAUUCAUACCCAUCUUCUAGAGACAUGGUAUUUCCAGCGGUCAAAUUCUCUUACGAGUUGGUCUUUCGAUAAAUUUUCCUUGCUCUCAACGCUGUCAGCAUCAUCCAACUGAAACAAAGAUAGGAGAGUCCUCCUUGCUCUGACCUCAUUUGGCUUAUUACCAGCAUCGCCUCAACAAUUUCACACUCUGAACCAUCUGAAGCUUUCAAGCUUUGUUCUGCAGAACCAAAAUUCAAUAACCUGUCAAUUCCUCUUCCCCAAAUCCCCCGGCCCAACUGGAGAGAGAAGAGAGAGAAAAGUAGAGAGAGAAGAGAGAAAGCCUUCUUCCUCUUCUCAAAACAGGGGAGGCUCUCUCUCUCCCUCUCCUUCUCGAACCGAGCCAUGGAAGAGCUAGCGGACGGCGGCCUACAGUAGCCUCUGGUGAUAGCAACGACGACAGCCCCGAGUAACGAGCCAGAGCCAGCAGGGGUCAGCAGAACCAAGCAAGAAGAAGAAAAUAUAGAAUGUCCUGUUUCAUGCUAUUCCGGCAGCUCACCGGCCCAAAUCAAACAGCGGCAAUAGCCAUGGAGCCGGAAAAUCAGGAGGAAGAAGGGGUUUGACCCAUUACUUCAGCCCGGCGAAACUUUAUGGAUGAUCAGACGAUCCUUUCAGAUGGAAUCCUGAGGAAUAGCUCAGCAAAUGCUUGGAAAUCGGCGGCGCUUCUUGGGUGUUCGCGACGGUUUCAACAGAGGAGGAGGAGGAGGAGAAGACUUAGUUAGGAGGGAUCCCGACCUUAUCCGGCCAAUGGUUGGAUCUUUGGGACGAUCGAGGAGUGGGGAGUUUCUCUCCACCUCUUCUGCGAUCGGUCGACCACGAUCAACAGGGCAGAUCGGCCUGGCCUCUUCAGCCCGGCCCAUUAGCCCAGAGAUUCAGCUGCUCAUUUGCUUGCUAGAUUUACUACUUGAAAUUGUUUAUGUGGUUUCCAUCUCAAAAAUUAAUAAGGCUAUU